UGUCAUCAUUCUUAGGCUUAGGCUUAUCCCUCUUCUCCUUCCUUACAGAAAUGGCCACAUUUUCUUCAUCACUAUCGUCACUCCUCUCCCCAAAUUUCCCUCGAAACGCUCCAAAUCCCUUCCAAAUCCGUCUUCACAAGCUCCAUUUCACUCCCCUUACUCCACAAAUUACUCCGUCCAAGUUUACUCGCAGUCGCAGGAGAUUCUUCAACCUAGUUGCCGAGGACACUUCCGUUGCUACAGCGGACCCUUCGUCCGUUUCCGCCAGGCGCUUGUAUGUCGGCAACAUUCCGCGAACGGUCAAGAAUGAGGAGCUCCAUAAAAUCGUGGAAGAGCACGGCGCCGUCGAGAAGGCUGAGGUGAUGUACGAUAAAUACUCCGGAAGGAGCCGGCGAUUUGCAUUUGUAACAAUGAAAACUGUCGAGGAUGCAAAUACGGCAGCUGAAAAGCUAAAUGGCACGGAAAUCGGCGGGCGUCAAGUAAAAGUAAAUAUAACAGAAAAGCCAUUGGCAACUACGGAUACGGCACUUCUUCAAUCUGAAGAAUCUGCGUUCAUCGACAGUCCUUAUAAAGUAUACGUAGGAAAUCUUGCGAAAACUGUAACAACAGACACCCUCAAAAGUUUCUUUUCAGAAAAGGGUAAAGUUCUAAGUGCAAAGGUAUCCCGUGUUCCGGGAACCUCAAAGUCCAGUGGAUACGGAUUUGUCACAUUCUCUUCGGAAGAUGAUGUCGAAGCGGCAAUAUCAUCGCUUAAUAAUGCAGUGCUUGAAGGGCAGAAAGUUCGUGUUAACAAAGCCUAAACUAGUAAGUAAAGCUAAAGCUGUGUUUCAUCGAAAAAGUGUAGUGAAAAUUUUCUUUUAUUUUAUGAAAUAUUUAUUUAUGGUCAGCUGGAAAUUGAAUACAUGUUUAUUUUUGCUGUGAACAAUGAACAUUGCAAAUUUGGGUUUGGAUUUGGAUUUGGUUUUUAUUUGGAUUUUGAAGUGAAUUUGAA